AUUAACACUAGAGUUAUCUCAAGUGCUAGAUGUUCGGUAAAUUUUUGGAUGACGUUUGAUUUAUAAGUAUAUACAGAACAAAAUAUGAAUCCCGACGAUAUAACAAAAUGGUUGGAUGUAAAUGAAGCCUUUGUAGAGAAUUAUUUCCUGAAAAAGGCAAAAUUAACCUUAGUUAAUAAAUGGCUGUUAAAAAAUAGUUAUAAACCUGUUACUGAUCUUCAAAAAUCUAGACAACAAAUUCUACAAACAAAAUUUAAAACUUUACAAACAAUAAACGAAUGCUCGGAGGAUUCUCAAAAAUUUCAAAAAAGACGAGGAAGUAGAAGAGAGUUAAGGCAUUGCUUUAGUUUACCGUCGUCUGCUAAUUUUUUGCUGUCCGAUUAUAUUCAAUCCAAAGUGAAAAUUCCCACAGGAUUUUCAUCUCAAAAUGAAUUUAUGAAAAGAAAAUUAAAAGAUUCUAAUGAAACAGAUUUUUUUCUUGAGAUAGUCAAAGAUAUUGCAUAUGAUUUACAAUUAUCAAGUAUUUUAAAGAAAAUAUCAGUUAACGCUGAAAUAUUACUAUCUGCAACAAAAGUAGAAUUAUUGAAGGUUAAGAAAGGAAGAUUGAUAUUGGAUGAUAAGGCAAGUGAUGUUGGUGGAUAUUUAGCGAAAUGUGUGGCUUCGGAAAAAUGUCUAAGAUUUCGUCCCAUAGAGAUGCUGCAAUUAAGCCGCGUUGACGCAUCGAUUGCUGAAGAAAUUCGGGAAAACAUAGAAAACAUGCUUUGUAUGCCAAUAAAAGGACGAGACGGGGAAGUUAUAGCCGUGUUACAAGCUGUUAACAAAAUGAAAUUGGAGAGAAGUAAUGAUGUUUUAAACGAAGGAUUUACUCAAAGGGAUGAAAAGCUUUUGGAAACCUAUGCUGCAUUUUGUUCUAUGGCGAUAUGCAACGCCGAAAGUGUUGGAAACUAUGAGAAAGACUACGAACGAAACAAGAUUCUCUUAGAAGUAGUUCAUGAACUAUUUGAGGAAGAGCGAAUCCUGGGAAAUUUGCUGUUUAAAAUAACUAUUAAGGCGAGGAGUUUAUUUGAUUGCCAAGAUUGCUGCGUUUUUCUCCUGGACGAUGAACAAAGUCAAAAUGUACAGGAAAUAAAAUUUUCGAAAAUAUUCACCGUUAAUGGUCCAAAUGAUGGAGAAAAAUUCAGUCACAAGCAUCCCUUUUACGAGCUGGGAGCUAUUGCUAAGCGUUCUCUAUUCAUAGAAGAGGAUAUUAAAAUCGUCACAGAGGAUGUGAAUGAUGAACUGUUGAGGAAUAUUAAAACGCCAGUAAAUAGUUUAUUUUGCAAGCCAAUUUUAAAUUCAGAAUCAAGAAAACUUGGUGCGAUAAUGUUAUUAAAUAAACAUUUUGGAACGUUCCAGGAAUACGAUGAAAUGCUCUUUGGCGCUUACAGUAUUUUUUGUGGUUUAGCAAUUAACAAUUGUAUUUUAUACGAUGAAAUUUCUAAAGCGUCAGCUCAACGGACUGUUGCUCUAGAGGUUUUAUCUUAUCAUACAACAGUUCCAGUUGAAGAAAUGAAAGAAUUUCAGGCCAAACAAAUUGAAUACGACAGGGAUGAGAUACAUAGGUUAACAUUUGAUGAUUUCAGUUUAUCUUCUGACCAGAUGCUAAAAGCAACUAUUGAUUUAUUUCAUAAAAUGGAAUUUAUAUCACAUUUUUCUAUGAAUGAAGAGACUGUCUGCAGGUUCUUUUUGGCUGUUCGAAAAAAUUAUAGAUCAAUUGCAUAUCACAAUUGGAGGCACGCUUUUAAUGUUUGUCAGUUAAUGUUUGCUAUAUUUAACAAUACAAGGUUAGGAGGUAAUUUAACUAUGUUAGAAAAAUUAGGUCUUGCUGUUGCGUGCAUAUGUCAUGAUGUUGACCAUCGGGGUACUAAUAAUGCAUUCUUAUCAAAAAGUGACUCAGCCCUAGCUCAAUUAUAUGGCACAAGUGCUACACUUGAACAUCAUCACUUCAACCAAGCAAUUACCAUUUUGAAUAGUAAAGGCCAUAAUAUAUUUUCCCAAAUGUCUUCCAGUGAUUAUCAAACAGUUAUUAGUAUGAUGAAAGACGCUAUUUUGGCCACAGAUUUAGGACGACAUAUGAGUCAAAGAAAACUGUGGAUAAAAGAUAAUCACAUUACAAAACCUGAUAAUAACACUAUUAGAUCUAUUCUUAUGACGGCAUGUGAUAUAGGAGCCAUAACAAAAAACUGGAAUGUUCAAUAUCAAGCUGCUAACCUAGUAAUGGAAGAAUUUUACGAACAAAGCAAAAAAGAAAAGGCUUUACAAAUACAAUCGAUGCAUUCUAUUAAUAUGAAAAAAAGAGAUGAGCUUCCUAAUUUGCAAAUCGGAUGGAUUGAUCAGAUUUGCCUCCCUCUAUAUCAGGCUCUUUCUACUUUAGAUACCAAUUUUCAGAAUCUUGUUGAACGCGUUUUGGCAAAUAGAGAUAAAUGGAAAUCUCUGAUAGAUUGAUGCCUGUUGUACGUGUUUCUGUGUCAAUUUUCAUGUUUUUAUUCUGUAUUUCUUUUAUUGUCCUCGUUAAAAGAAAUCAUUUAUUUUCCAUUACACUUGCACAUAAACCAGAAUUUAAGUCAUUAAGUGAUUUUUAUUAAAUUUAUCAUAAAUAAAUAAAUAUAGUUUUUAUUUAAAA